UUCGUUUUUCCUCAGGUUAACGACGGAAUUUUAGUAGCCCGGGACAACGUGCAACUUUCGACAUGGCUGCCACUACUGCCCCUGGCCACCGACGUGCAUGCUGAGGCGGCCACUCUGUCCUUCGUGCACUCGGGACAGGGCGAGGCCGCGACGCUGAGGGCGACGCUGACGAGGGCCGUGAAGGUCGGGGAGACACCGCCGCUCUGGUUCUCGUCAGAAGUUGCGGCUCAGCUGGGCCUUCCCUUCCUAAAUUUUUCUCACAUCAAAGGUGAGUUGGAGUCUUACGUGUCGUUUUCCUGUAUGAUAGCUUAAAAAAAAAAAAUUAUUGGACGAGUCACUUGAUUUGGUUCACUUUAAAACCAGCAUUAUUCUUAUCUCCCCAGAAGGGCGCUAUGUGUGCCCCGAGUGCCAGAGGCAGUUCAGCGCGCCCAAUCCCCUGAAGCUUCACCUGGCGGCGAACUGCGACUCCCUCGACCCUCGCCUCCUGUGGGAUCGCCUCCUGAGCUCCCCGCCGCGACCCGCGCCCGCGCCAUGGUUCACGCCGCUCUUGUCUUCGCCGCCCCUCGCCAUGUCCGCCCUGACCUCGCGUGUGCACCACACUGCUGUCAGCGCCAAGGCGCCUGCCCGACCCUCCUCCCCCGGGGCUUCCGCAAGACCGGGGUCCCCAGGAGGCCUCAAACCGGUAUCCCCCGACUCCACCAGCUGCCAUGUGGGAUCCCCCCGGUCGGCCUCGCCCCCGCGCUCACCCCCGUCUGCACCUCUCCUCCAGGAACCGCGCUCUGCUUUCAGGAGAGUCAGCUUCCCUGUCAACCGGCACGACGCUCAGCCACCCAGAUUUAGUGCUCUCUGUCGGCCACCCACCCUGCUGCCGGCGGGCCCGUCCCGGUGCUCGGCGCGGACCCCCGCCGCGGGCGCGCUUGCUCUGGCUCCCCGCUCCUCUGCCGUCACCCCUGACCUGCUGCUCCAUCCCCGCCUCCUGAUGACGCCCAUGAUUCCCGCCCGCAGUGAGGGCGCUUCCACGACACAGCCCAUGAUGCCCACAAUGCCGCUUGCGGGCUCUACUCGACCGCUGCUGAGUGCAGCGCCUCCAGGCAGUGCGGUGGACCCAUGCGCCGAAAUGGAGACUCUCGUGUCGAACUUGGGCCGCAGCCGCCGUGGACAUUUGUGUUUGUACUGCGGGAAAGUGUACUCCCGCAAGUACGGCCUCAAAAUCCACAUCCGCACCCACACAGGCUACAAGCCACUCAAGUGCAAGGUCUGCCUGCGGCCUUUCGGAGACCCAAGCAACCUGAAUAAGCACGUGCGGCUGCACGCAGAGGGAGAGACGCCCUACCGCUGCGACCACUGCGGCAAGGUGCUGGUCCGCCGCAGGGACCUGGACCGCCAUAUCCGCUCCCGGCAUCCCGAGGUCCCUUCGCCGCCCACGCACGCCCUCACGGACACCGAGGACGAGGACACGGACGACGGCGACGUCCCGGAGGACAAGGGCACCGCUGUCGAGGAGGAGUCCCACGUGGUGGCGCUCACACAAGAGGAAGCCAACGCUGACACCAGAUAGCGAGCCUCAAAGCGCCAAAAACAAGGACAGUCGUAGACUUUGCGCCAAGUAGAGUCUACCUCAGCUGUGUGUGAAUCUCGUCUGUUGAGACACAAAGAAUGCUUCCAGAUCUGUUGCACUUGGAAAAUGAUACUUGAUACAACUGAUAUUCUAGUUUUUCUAUAUAUAUGAUAAUCUAGUCACAUUCUAUAUUCCUUUCCUAGUCAAACAAAAUAGUCAAAUAUGUAAUUUAUGUUACGUAAAACCCAAUUCAUUG